AUGCAGAGAUCGUACAAGAGAAAGCUAAGAGCUAAAUGCAGCCCACUACAUGAGUUCAGUGGAGGGGCUUUGGAGCUCAGACAAUACAAGUCCAUCGAUACAAAGAAUGCAUUAGCUGAUGCCGGGGAUAUUAAUUCCAACUCUUCCUGUCCAGAGACAGCUGUGUCAAUGCCUGCCAGCCCAGCAAGGACCUACAGCAGAGGCAGGGGGUCUCCCCUCACUGGAUAUGAGACAGAUCCGAAUAGUGGCAGCUACCAAUAAUCUGUCCAGUGGACGAGCUACUACAGUUGUGUCAGUCAGAUCACUAUAGGUUUUGAAGUUAAUGGACCAGUUGCAAUAGGAAUCUCACAUUGGAAACCUCCAUAUGUUCACAAUGAAACAUACCAUCCAUUUGAACAAUCCCCACAUGAUCCUGAAGUCCCAGCAGCUCCAAUGUCUUGCUCCUUUCUUACACAGUUGGAUUUAUGAUCUUUGUCAUGUCCAACCUCCCUGUCCAUUAUUCCUGCAGUCCCUUGCAGCAGCAGCUAAGAUACUCUAAGUCAAGACUCAGAAGCUAAUCGGGGAAUAAGUAUAUCCAUUCAUGGGUCUAAAAAUCAACUGCAGAUUCAUCAGAGGAAAAGUGUGGCAAAUAAUUCUGUGCCGAACGAUCACAUAGUGGUUAGACAUUCUUCUCUUCCUCCCCUCAGAAGGGCAAUAAGGAUGGAGGCUUCAUCUUCUGGCAAGUGUGCACUCUCAAAUGGAAACACAGAGAUUCAUUAUCCAGGUGUUAAAGAUAUAAAUAUAUUCUUUGAUGACUUAGAAGCUGCAAACAGUCCCUCCAAAGAUGAUGACUCCCUGCUGCAUGCUGGUAAUUUGACAAGUAUGUCAGACGAAGUAAGCAGAUUAGAUGCGGAAGGAAAGAUUCCCAGCUUGCCAGAGAAGAACAGGACAAGUGGGCUGUUUUUAACUGAUGGGAAAUGUCGAAUUGACUACAUACUGGUCUACAGAAAAUCAAGCCCCCAAUCAGAGAAAAGAGAGAUUUUUGAGAGGAAUAUUAGGGCAGAAGGAUUGCAGAUGGAGAAAGAGUCAUCUAUCACCAACAGCGACAUCAUGUUUGUAAAACUUCACGCACCGUGGGAGGUUCUAGGAAGAUAUGCCGAGCUUAUGAAUGUUAGGAUGCCAUUCAGGAGAAAAAUCUAUUACCUGCACCGACGAUACAAGUUCAUGAGCAGGAUGGAGAAGCAGCUAAGCAGGUUCCGAGGAUGGUUACCGAAAAAACCUAUGAGACUGGACAAGGAAACUAUACCAGACUUGGAAGAGAAUGACUGUUACACUGCUCCGUUCAGCCAGCAAAGGAUUCACCAUUUUAUCAUAAACAACAAAGAUACCUUUUUUAACAAUGCCACAAGAAGUCGGAUUGUACAUCAUAUUUUACAAAGAGUUAAGUAUGAAGAGGGCAAGAAUAAAAUAGGACUGAACCGCUUGCUUUCUAACUGCACUUACGAAGCUGCAUUCCCUUUACAUGAGGGAGGUUACAGAAGCAAAAACUCAAUAAAGACCCAUGGAGCAGAAAAUCACAGACAUCUUCUUUUUGAGUGCUGGGCGUCCUGGGGGGUGUGGUACAAAUACCAGCCUCUGGAUCUUGUACGGCGGUAUUUUGGAGAGAAGAUCGGUCUGUAUUUUGCUUGGUUGGGUUGGUAUACUGGAAUGCUAUUCCCAGCAGCAGUUAUCGGACUAUUUGUAUUCCUAUAUGGAAUGUUUACAUUGGAUAGCUGCCAAGUCAGCAAAGAAAUCUGCCAAGCCACAAAUGUAACCAUGUGUCCACUGUGUGAUAAAUACUGUCCCUAUAUGAAGCUAUCGGACAGCUGCAUCUAUGCCAAGGUUACCCAUCUCUUUGACAAUGGAGCAACCGUGUUCUUUGCUGUUUUCAUGGCAGUUUGGGCUACUGUUUUUCUGGAGUUUUGGAAACGAAGACGAGCUGUGAUUGCCUACGACUGGGAUUUAAUAGACUGGGAAGAAGAGGAGGAAGAAAUCCGUCCUCAAUUUGAAGCCAAAUACUCAAAAAAAGAACGGCUGAACCCAAUAUCAGGAAAGCCGGAGCCUUACCAAGCCUUUACCGAUAAAUGCAGCAGACUUAUAGUAUCUGCUUCUGGAAUCUUUUUUAUGAUAUGUGUGGUAAUUGCUGCUGUGUUCGGCAUUGUUAUAUAUCGUGUUGUGACUGUCAGUACAUUUGCUGCCUUCAAAUGGGCCUUAAUCAGGAAUAAUUCUCAGGUUGCUACCACAGGGACUGCAGUAUGCAUCAACUUCUGUAUCAUUAUGCUUCUGAAUGUGCUUUAUGAAAAAGUAGCACUUUUUCUCACUAACCUCGAACAGCCACGUACUGAAUCAGAGUGGGAGAACAGCUUCACUUUGAAAAUGUUUCUUUUUCAGUUUGUCAAUCUGAACAGUUCGACCUUUUACAUAGCAUUCUUUCUUGGGAGGUUUACCGGAAGACCGGGUGCUUAUUUAAGGCUUAUAAAUAGAUGGCGACUGGAAGAGUGUCACCCCAGUGGAUGCCUUAUUGACUUAUGCAUGCAGAUGGGCAUAAUAAUGGUACUGAAGCAAACAUUGAAUAACUUCAUGGAGCUUGGCUAUCCGUUAAUCCAGAAUUGGUGGACACGUAGAAAAUUAAGGCAAGAACAUGGUGCACAUGGGACAGCUAGUUUUUCCCAGUGGGAGAAAGACUAUAAUUUGCAGCCCAUUAAUGCGUAUGGAUUAUUUGAAGAAUACCUUGAAAUGAUUCUUCAGUUUGGCUUCACAACUAUCUUUGUGGCUGCUUUUCCCCUUGCACCACUCCUUGCCUUACUUAACAACAUCAUUGAAAUCCGUCUUGAUGCUUACAAAUUUAUCAGUCAGUGGAGGAGACCAUUAGCUUCACGAGCCAAGGACAUAGGUAUCUGGUAUGGGAUUCUAGAAGGCAUUGGGAUUUUAUCAGUUAUCACCAAUGCAUUUGUCAUCGCUAUUACCUCAGACUUCAUUCCUCGACUGGUGUACGCGUAUAAGUAUGGACCAUGUGCUGGUCAAGGACAAGCUGGAGAAAAGUGUAUGGUUGGCUAUGUAAAUGCCAGCCUUUCUGUCUUCCAAGUCGGUGAUUUUGAAAAUCGAUCAGAUUCGGAAUUUCAUGUAAGAAGAUUUAAUGGAGCUCCUGUAAAAUACUGCCGGUACCGGGACUACAGAGAUUCACCUCAUGCUCCUGAGCCCUAUGCUUACACUCUACAGUUUUGGCAUGUUCUUGCUGCACGCUUAGCUUUUAUAAUUGUAUUUGAGCAUCUUGUUUUUUGCAUAAAGAAUUUGAUUUCCUACCUGAUACCAGACCUUCCAAAAGACCUGCGAGAUCGAAUGCGGAGGGAAAAAUAUCUCAUACAAGAAAUGAUGUAUGAAGCUGAACUUGAAAGAGUGCAGAAAGAAAAGAAAGAAAGGAAGAGAAAUGGAAAAUGUCAACAUAAUGAAUGGCCCUAA